CUCGGGACAAAGUCCGUGCGCGUCCCGGGACGCCAGCGCCCCAGCGUGUGGCAGAGGAGGGCUUCGCCGCGUGCACAGGCUGACUUAGAUAUCUCCAAUGGCUAACGAGGCUUACCCUUGUCCAUGUGACAUCGGCCAUAGGCUAGAAUAUGGAGGGAUGGGGUGUGAAGUUCAAGUCGAGCACAUCAAGGCUUACGUCACCAAGUCCCCUGUUGCCGCAGGCAAAGCUGUGAUUGUCAUUCAGGAUAUAUUUGGCUGGCAGUUGCCCAAUACCAGGUAUAUGGCUGACAUGAUCGCAGGAAAUGGAUACACAACCAUCGUUCCAGACUUCUUUGUAGGGCAGGAGCCGUGGAACCCCUCUGCCGACUGGUCCACCUUCCCCGAGUGGCUGAAAACGAGGAACUCCCAGAAGAUCGAUAAAGAGGUCGAUGCUGUCUUGAGGUACCUGAAACAACAGUGUCAUGCCCAGAAAAUUGGCGUCGUGGGAUUCUGCUGGGGUGGAGCUGCUGUCCACCACUUGAUGAUGAAAUACUCAGAGCUCAGGGCGGGGGUCUCCAUCUACGGCAUCGUCAAGGAUUCUGAAGACAUUUACAGUUUAAAGAACCCCACGUUGUUCAUUUUUGCUGAAAAUGAUUCUGUGAUUCCACUUGAGCAAGUCUCUUUGCUGACCCAGAAGUUGAAGGAACACUGCAAAGUUGCGUAUCAAAUUAAAACAUUUUCUGGGCAAACUCACGGCUUCGUGCAUCGAAAGAGAGAAGACUGUUCACCUGCAGACAAGCCCUACAUUGACGAGGCGAGAAGGAAUUUGCUCGAGUGGCUGAGCAAGUACAUUUAGCAGCAAUCAAGUGCAAACCUUCCUAAAAUUGCCUUCAUCCAAAAACCUGCUUUGAAAUACUAGAUCAUUUGAUUUAAUUGUCACUUUAUAUAAAAUAAAUGUAGAAGCCCUGAAAUUCAUUAUUUCAUCUGAAUCACAAAUUCAGUAGGAAAUGUUAAUGUAUGAAAUAGUUGAAUUUUUAACAUGUACCUCAAAUAAAAAUUUAAAAACUAGGUCGCACU